ACAUCAGAGUGAACGUGGAGAUGCGUGGUGCCAUCGGGGAUCUCGAUUGGUCAUGUCUGGAACUGGUCCGUCCACUAUUAUCUUCCCCUACCAGUGUAAGUGUAUGGCAUGUAAACUACAUCGUACGAAAUUGUGACUAAAAAGUGAAGAAAUAAGCUACAAACACUCAUUAUAUGCGCAUAGUAUGACUUUUGUUAAGUAAAGUUAAGUAUUAGGAGUUGCCAUGGGAACAGAGGAAGGUAGUAAAGCUGAUUCGGCGGAGAGUUUCUAUCCGAGUGAUGAGGAAAUUGAGAAGUGGAUGGCCAGCGCGUUUGACAUGGCCAAAGAUGCUCUGGAGAGUGGAGAGGUGCCAGUUGGAUGUCUGAUGGUCUACAAUGAUGAAGUCGUGGGCAAGGGACGCAAUGAAGUCAAUGAGACCAAAAAUGCCACUCGCCACGCUGAGAUGGUGGCCCUGGACCAGCUCCUGGACUGGUGUCGCCGCAGCAACCUGGAUGUGAGCAGCGUGUGCCAGCGAACGGCCCUGUACGUCACCGUGGAGCCGUGCAUCAUGUGUGCUGCAGCGCUGCGCCUCCUCAAUAUCCCAGCGGUCGUGUACGGCUGCAGGAACGAGCGGUUUGGAGGCUGCGGUUCAGUUCUGAAUGUUUCCUCUGCAAACUUACCUCAGACUGGGACCACAUUCAAGGUCUGUGUUUGUCCCUGGUGGGUUUUUUUUUUUGUUUGUCUAAUUGCUAUUUUUUAUUUGUGUGUGUCUUGUCCUUGGAGAGUACUACACUCUGCUUGUGUGUUGGUGUUUGUGGGUGUUUCCAGUCCCUGCAGCCAGGAUCCAACAUCUGGUGGAAAUCCUUUCCAGAGUGGAGGAGGCUGUUGUAGCAGCAGAUUAAUGCUCAUGGUUUUGGAACGACAUGUUCAGCUGUCACAUAUGGGUAUAAAAUGUGGCUAUCCACAUACUUUUGGCCUCAGAGUGUAUAUGACUGUGUAUCUGGUGUGUGUGUUUCAGUGUGUUUCAGGUCACAGAGCAGAAGAAGCUGUAGAGAUGCUGAAGACUUUCUACAAACAGGAGAAUCCAAAUGCCCCGAAACCCAAAACACGGAAGGACUGAGCUUUCCCGGACAAAUCGGCUGCAGAUUCAGUUUUUAUAUUGCUUGUAUUUACCUUUUUAAAUGUGUUUUUAUUUAAUAAAUUACAUUAUAAGUAAUUGUUUGUGUGUUGCAUACAGACCUCCUUGAACAUUGGUUGCUUUUCCGCCAGCAGGGGGAGCAGCAGACCAGCUAACUUCCCAUUAAGGAAAUGGGUUUUAAUGUCACUGAUCAUCCACACAGGAGAAAUGAAACUGUGAACACUUUGGAGUGAUAAACCUUGUUUCUCCACAGUAUCAGCUUUCCAUGGACGACGACACUGUUAUCUUGUGUGAGUCUGAAGUUUUAUCCACUCAUAGACAAGCAUGUGAUACUGCAAUGAAAACAAAAAUAUGAAAAUGAUCAAUAUUAGAAAGUCCAAAUAUUUAGCAAAGAGAAUGGAAAAUGUUAUUCAGUUUUCUGUAGGUGGCGCUCUUUUUGCUCGUCAGCCAUACUGAUUUUCACUGUUUGGAAACACACAGUUCUGUUUGUUCUUUAACUGUAAAUGUAAAAACACGCCACUUCCUGUGUUUUCUGAGAGCGACAGACAGAAAGUGUGAGAGGCAGUGAGGAAGUGUCUCUCUCUCUGUGUGUGUACUUGUACUUGCUACAUAGUGAGGACUGAAACGUGUUUUUUUUACCUACAGAGUGAGGACAUUUUUGGAAAGUGAGGACAUUGUGGCCGGUCCACACAACUUCAAAGGGCUGUUUGAAGGUUAAGACUUAGUUUUAAGGGUAAGGUUAGAAUUACACUAUGGUUAGGGUGAGGGGUUAGGCACUGCAUUAUGUCAAUGACGGUCCUCACAAAGAUAGAACUACAAGAAUGUGUGUGUGUCUAGCAGCGCCUCUCAACAGGAUUGACCUUCACAACUGCUCAUGUAUCACACACACACACACACACACACACACACACACACACACAGUGACACAAUUCAGACUCUCUGUUGUUUCACUUCCUCUCAGACACACACACACAUACUGUGGCAUGCUGGUAUGUGUGUGUUCGCUGUAUCUGCAGCUGGGAGGAGUUGAAAAAACUGCGUCUAUGUUUGCAGGAGUGUGUGUGUGUGCACUGAGUGUCAGAGAAAGUGUGCUGAGUGAGUGAGUGAGUGUGUGGGUGGGUACAUCUGUGAUCUGCAUGUGUGUGUGUGUGUGUGUGUGUGUGUGUGUGUGUGUGUGUUUCAGGUGGCUUGCUGUUUUUCCCCCUCCCACUGAGUCAAACGAUUUUUAAACUCUUUCUCACUUUGUCUUUCACACGCUGUCUCUCUUUUUAGUUUCAGCGUUUUGAUUUUCUCCCUUCCUCUCUUCCUUCUUCCCACUUUUAGUGGCUAACAACUUCCUUCCUUCCUCCACCGCUUCCUUCCUGCUUCCUGCUUCCUUCCUGCUUUCCUUUACCUUUUUCCUUCCUGUCUGUCACCCCUUUUCUACCACCUUUUUGUCUUUCUACAUUGUUUCUUCCUGCUCCUUUAUGUCUUUCAGCGGCUUAUCAUUUCAGUUUGUUUUUGUUUUACAAUUUCCCUCUUUGAUUCCUUUCUUCCUUCUGCUUCCUUUUUCUUCCCUCCUUUCGUCUUUAUUUCUUCAUAUCAUUUUCUUUCACCCAUUUUUUGCCUCAUUUCCUCCUUCCUUUCCAUUUUUUCAGUGGACCAUCUUAUGUUUGUUGUUCUCUUACAUCUUCCCUCCCUUCUUCCUGCUUAUUUCCUUCCUUCACCUGUCUUCCUUCAUUUCUCGUCUUUCCAUUUUUCUUUUACACCCCCCACUCCUUCCUUUCUUUGUCCUUCCUUCCCUCCUGCUUAUUUCCUUCCUUCCCUCCUGUUUUACUUGCUUCCUCAUUUUCAUUUCUUUUCCUUUUGCCUUAUUUUCUAAGGACAGUUAAAUCAGAUAUAUCACAGAUAAAAGUGUGUGCCGGCGUCCAGGCUCUCUCUGCUCGUUAGCAUGUAAAUCUAUGCUAAUUAAUGCAGAGCAGAAUAUUCCAGAAUGUUUUAAUGUGUCACCUCAGAGUGGAGGAGUUGACGUGUUACUGAAGAGACGACACACACACACACACACACACACACACACACACACAGCGGUGCAGAGUUAGCUGUUAAGCGCUAAUGAACGGAGUGUGUUGUGUCAAACUCUCCUUUCCAAACUGACAGUAAGAGGAGUCUCACACACACACAGACACACACACACACACACAUUUACACACGCUGUCGAACAGCGGCGUAGAGGUGAAAGAACAACACUGCCAGAGAAAAUUAAGGAGUUUAUAUUUUAUUAUUUCUCUACCAAAUGACCUGAGACGAGAGGAGAGGGGAAGGAGGAAGCAGACGGGGGAGUUUGACAGGAAGUGUUGCGCUUGUGUUUUGUGGUUUCACUGUGUUAACCUUUAUAGUCUACAGAAAAAGAAACUAACUGAAAUGGUGUUAGUCUUGCUCCCUCGGGAGUGCCUCAGUUUCUGUCUUUUGCUUCAUUUUACUUUCUUGUCAUGAUUUUGCUGUUCCUUUAAGUCAACUUUGUGUCAGUCAGUCAACGUAUCUUUAUUUGAUGGGUUUUUUUUACUCUCCUUUACUUUCAGUGUUUUCAGUUGUCUCUCUCUUGUCACAUCCUUUCUACCUUGAGAAAUCUGCUGCAUUAGUUUUACCUUUUGCGUUUUGUAAGCUGUUUUCUCUCCAUUGUGCUUGCUCCCGUUAUUUGCGUCCCCGUUAUUUUUUUGGCCUCUCUCUUUUCACUUAUCUUUUUCUUCGACCACUUCCUGUUUUGUUAAGAGACGGAUUGCAUCACUUGCUUCAUACCUCAACUACAUAUUUGCUUUUAACUUCAAGAGAGUGAGAUCUCGUCAAGCCUCCGAGCCUUUACACCUGCGCGACGCAGCUCUCUCUUUUAUUCUGUUGUAUUUCGACAGAAUGCCAGCUAAUAGGGUGUCACUAGAGAAAGCGGCGAAUGUGUGAGUGUUCAUUUCAUGUACUAAUUGUGUUUGAAGUUUGGGUUUCCAUGGUGAUACAGAGCUGGAAAAGCAGUUACUGGCUAAAUUUUAAAAGAAUUUCUCUCCCUGUUCACCACUUUGACCCAGUGAGUGCGUGAGUGUGUAAAUCCAUCCAGUAAAGAAACCGAGGCCAAACAUUAACUCAUCAGUCUCAUAUUGUGAUUAUCAACUUUUCAACAACAUGUCACUGAAACACACACACACACACACACACACACACACACAAUGAGUAGCCUCAGUUUUUACAGGGAGUAUUUAGUCAGUGACACAGAUUACCUUUAAAACAGCCACUGAUCAUAACAGCAUCUCCAGGUGUGUGUUUCUGUCUGUUCUUCUCACCAUAUUUUAUCUGUCCUUGUCCGUCUGUCUGCCCGCCACACCUGCACAUCAACGAGUCCUCCUGUCUGAAAGGCAAAAUAGGUUGUUUGUCAGUAUCUUCCAAAAUGACCCAUAUGAGCAUUUUCUGAUCCGUCACCUACAUGGCAUGUUUACAAUCUGUGUAUAAUUUUGCCAACCUGAUUGUCCCUACUGUAAUUUCAUGAUGUUGGUCUAUUCAGUACACACAACAUCCACUGCACGUCUGUCCGUCCUGGGACAGGUCCGUCUAUGCCCCCCUCUGCUGCUCUUCCUGAGGUUUCUUCCAUUAUUUCCUCGUUAAAGGGUUUUUUGGGGGAGUUUUUCCCUCAUCUGAAUCGAGGGUCUAAGGACAGAGGGCGCUGUAUGCUGUACAGAUUGUAAAGCCCCUUGAGGAAAAUUUGUGAUUUGUGAUAUUUGGUUACAUAAAUAAAACUGACUUGACUUGGUGAAGGUCUGAUUGAGUUUACACAAGUAAACCUACUCCGUUAAGGUUCAGGAAAACCUCCUUCAUGGUUAAAAGAAACCAAUGUCGACUACUGCUGGUAGCAAACUACAUUCUCGGGUGCAGAGGUCACCACUUUGUACGUGCAAACAUCCUAAUUGCAAAAUGUUGCUGCUCAGAAAAUGCAUUUUUUUCUGGUGAGGACAUUCUGUAUCUGCUUGUUGACCAAAGGUGACCGGGCCUUUGCUGUUAGAGCCCCGACUGUGGAACACUCUGCCUGUCGACAUCAGACAGGCUGUAUCAUUAGCUUCUUUUAAAUCCCUUCUCAAAACUUUCUUCUAUAGGACAGUGUUUAUGAAUAUUUAAUAUGUUGCUGGGUUUUAUCAUCCCACAUGUUUUAACUUUAUUGUAACAGAUAAAAACAUAAAUAAACACCCCUGGUGUUUUUCCCCUGUAAAGUACAUUGUAAUCUUGUUAAGAAAAGUGCUAUAUAAAUAAAGUUUAUUAUUAUAUUA